AAUAGACCAGCUUUUGCUGACAGAAGCUGACCUGGCUUUUGUUGGAUUUCUACUGCUUCACAGCAUGACUGCACCACUGCAGCCAGCCUGCUAAUAAGGGCACUCAUUCUGAGGAAGUUUUAGCUAGUAAAUAAUAAGCUUAUGAGAUAUGUGAUCCAUACCAUGAACAUAAGUCUGCAGCAGGAAGACUUUCCCUUUCUGCUCUGGCUGCUUAUAGUUUCUAUAGCUUGGAGUUAAAAGAUUGGAGUCCUUUUUCUUUGACGUGCUUGCUGGCUUGAGUGUAAUGCAAUGGGAGGAUCACAAGCGAAUCUUGACUAAGAAGCGCAGGCAGCAGGUUGGACACAAGGGCAAAGCUUGUUUGGGCAGCACGUGGGGCUCUCCCGGGACUGCUCGGGGCGCUGCCAGGAAGGUGCAGAGGAGCUUUUGCUUCUCUGGUGGCAGGCAUGCAUUUCUUGUACCCUGACUCCUUCCUCAUAAACGCACAGCUGUAUUUACGCUCCAAGUACAAGCGGAAACAAAGCUUUCCACCUGGUGUGGAGGUGGUAAGAGGCAUCAAACCAUCUGUGACAGAUGUUGGAAAUAUUGCUUACAGCAGUGCGCUGGGAGACUCUCUGCUGUCUUCAUCGCAGGAGCGAUACAAGAAGCUCAAUAGAAUGUAACUAAGGAAAUUUCAGGGUUUUUAGUAUAGGGUCUUUUUGCCUUUAAAGGCAUUAGCUGCUAGUAGUUUUGUAGCAGUCCUGUGAAUGGUUCCUUUAAGUUUGGGGUUGGCUGUUGAGAAUAUUAGGCUGUAUAUAUGGUAUUGUUUGUUGUGGUUCAGUGGUUUUCAUAUCAAGUUUGUUCAGUUUUCAAUUAAGAGGGUUUUUUCAUAGUUCUCAGCCUUCCAAGCUGGGCUUGCCUUUUCAGAAUCAAGCUGUAUUCUCGACUCAAGAAAUUUCUUUGCAGAUUAAAGUUCAAAAGGCUGUCUUGGUCCAGUGCGAUUUUUCAUACUCUGUGAUACAGGUUCAAACAGUUACACAGGUUGUUCCCCGGGUGAUCUUGCAACUGGAAUUUAAGAGCUCUGCUCAUCAGCAAACUUAUGCUAUUUUUCUUUUAGACCAGCAAUAGUAAAGAGUAAAACAAUACAAAUGUUUGUAAAUUUUCCCAGUCUGGAGUAAAUAAAAUGGGGUUUUUUUGUUUGUUUGGGUUUUUUUCAAAAUAAAAUUGUCUGUGUUAGACAGUUCUCAGAUCAAAUCUUUACUUCAGUCAAUUGCUAUCUCAGAAAUAGACAGCUGGAAGCUUUGUUAUGGCAGCAACCAUGAAUAAUAGAAAACAAACCAAAUGGGGUGAAGGAUUGUAUGAGAGAGAUGGAAGACUUGCUGACUGUGAAUGCUCUCUAAGGAUGACAUCUGUGAGGAGUUAACUUUGUCAAGUGGUAGUGGGGAAGGUUAGACAAGAAAAGUCAGUCUACUUCUACCCAAUCACAGAUUGGAUGCAGAGGCUUUCAGGGUCUUAAAAUGUGCCUUGCCUAAGUUAAUUUAUGCCGGGGCUUAAAAUGUCCCAUUCAGAACUGGGCCUAAAAGAAUGCUGAUUAUUAACCUUGCAAGUGUCAGCAUUAAAUAGAAAUUUCAAGUCAAAAAUUAUUUCAUAUGUGCUAUUAAUAAUCUUGCAAAUUCAGAAUAAUUUUCCUUUUCCUUGUUGAUUUGCAGCUGCUGUUGGCUUUCUGACAGUUUCCAGUGUCAUUACUAUGUCAGCCCCUUUCUUUCUGGGUAAAGUUAUUGACGUUAUUUAUACAAAUCCCAGUGACGACUUCACUACCAGCCUGACCAGCCUGUGUGCCUUGCUGAGUGGAAUCUUUUUAUGUGGUGCUGCUGCUAAUGCUACUCGUGUCUACCUCAUGCAGACUGCAGGACAAAGAAUUGUGAAACGUUUGAGAACAACCAUGUUCUCCUCUAUUCUGAAGCAAGAAACUGCUUUCUUUGACAAGACCAGAACAGGAGAGCUGAUAAACCGCUUAUCUUCAGAUACAGCCCUCUUGGGCCGUUCAGUGACUGAAAACCUUUCAGAUGGGCUCAGGGCAGGAGCACAGGCAUCUGUGGGGGUUGGAAUGAUGUUUUUUGUGUCUCCUAGCCUUGCUGCAUUUGUUCUGAGCGUUGUGCCGCCCUUGGCUGUCCUGGCUGUAAUUUAUGGAAGAUACUUGCGAAAACUUACUAAAAUGACCCAAGAUUCUCUUGCAGAGGCAACACAGUUAGCUGAAGAGCGUAUCGGAAAUAUAAGAACAGUUCGAGCUUUUGGGCAAGAAGUGGCUGAAAUGGAGAAGUAUACAAAUAAAGUUGAUUAUGUGCUACAGCUGGCUAAAAAAGAGGCAGUAGCUCGGGCAGGCUUCUUUGGAGCAACUGGCCUUUCUGGAAACUUAAUUGUCCUCUCAGUCUUAUACAAAGGAGGAUUACUAAUGGGCAGUGCCUACAUGACAGUUGGUGAACUCUCAUCUUUCCUAAUGUAUGCUUUCUGGGUUGGAAUAAGCAUUGGAGGUCUAAGUUCCUUUUAUUCUGAACUAAUGAAAGGGUUAGGUGCUGGUGGACGUCUAUGGGAACUUAUUGAAAGGAAGCCCCAACUUCCAUUCAAUGAAGGAAUCACGUUAGGCAAAGACACAUUCAGAGGUGCUUUGGAAUUCAAGGACGUUGAGUUUGCAUAUCCAACACGUCCAGAACAAUCAAUUUUCAAAGAUUUUAGCCUUUCCAUUCCAGCUGGCUCUGUUAUGGCUCUGGUUGGCUCAAGUGGUACAGGGAAAUCGACUAUUGUUUCCCUUCUGCUGAGGCUGUAUGAUCCUAUCUCAGGUACAAUCACCGUUGAUGGCUUUGAUAUCCGUCAGUUAAAUCCACUGUGGUUCAGGACAAAGAUUGGAACAGUGAGUCAGGAACCUAUUCUGUUCUCCUGUUCUAUUGCUGAAAAUAUUGCCUAUGGUGCAGAGGAUCCUUCUACUGUGACUGCAGAGGAGAUUGAGAAAGUUGCUGAAAUAGCUAAUGCUGCCAGCUUUAUCAGAGAUUUUCCCAAAGGGUUUGACACUGUAGUUGGAGAAAAAGGCAUUCUGCUUUCAGGUGGACAGAAGCAACGAAUUGCCAUUGCUCGAGCUCUGCUGAAGAAUCCUAAGAUUCUCCUGUUAGAUGAAGCAACAAGUGCUUUGGAUGCUGAAAAUGAGUAUCUAGUGCAAGAAGCCCUGGACCGGCUGAUGGAAGGGAGGACAGUCCUAAUUAUUGCUCAUCGUCUCUCUACUAUUCAGAAUGCUGAUUUUGUUGCAGUCCUUGGUCAGGGUAAAAUUCUUGAAUGUGGAAAACAUGAGGAGCUACUUGGAAAUCCAAAUGGACUUUUCAGGAAACUAAUGCAGAAACAAGCUUUUCUUCAGAAUAGUGAUACUUUUGCAUUAGAUUUACAAUCCAGAGAAAAGGAUGUAUUAAAAGAAAACGUAUGAGAGAAGGUAUGAAUAGUGGAAGCUUACAAACGACAAUGCUGAAACAUAAGUUAUAUUCUAUGUAAAGUAAAUGUUAUAUUUUUCCAAAAUGUACAAAAUAUUCUUUUGAAACUUAUAUGUGUUUAAACUUUUUAUUGAAAGCUUUUUAAUAAUUAUUGCAACUUUUAAAAAUGCCUAUCACAUUGAGAUAAUGUCAGUGUGUAGAUUUUUCUGCUUUGUUUUAUGCUAAUUGAGACCAUUUAGAAUCUCUUUUGCUGUAAUGCACUGUAUGAUGAUGUACGGCAUUCUCAAGUAAAUUCAGUAUUCUGUGGGUAAUUAAAUGACAGUCUUAUCAUUUUCA